CGUUCAAUUUGCGAUCUCUGAAGCAGUAAAGACUGGUAGAGGAGGAGAGUCUCGUUGAAUUAUGAACGUGGUGAUGUCAAGUUGAAUUGUGCACUUUCAUUCCAACAGUUGUAUUUGGCUUAUCGGCAAUGGCGUCGGAUUCUAAAUCCUCCGACUCCGACGACAUCACAGAGGACCAAAACCCCAAUUCAAGCCCUAAUCCUGGCCUAAACCCCAAUUCGAUUGAUCAGUCACUUGACGCCAUCGAAGAUCAGCUAGCAGCGAUUGCCUUGGGGAAACCUAAUGACUCAGCUGUUGUGGAACGUGAAACUUCUUCUUCUUCCGAACCCGAUGAAGAAAUUUUCAAGGACGCUCCUAACUCAUCCUUCUUGGACGAUGAAACUCAUCUGGAAGGAGUUUCGCUUGACAUCACCGAGGAGGUUCGCCCUAAUUCAGCAACUGAAGUUGUCGAUGAAAAUCACUUGGAAGGAGUUUCACUUGACAUUUCCGAGGAGGAGGUUCGCCCUAAUUCCACAACUGAAGUUGUCGGUGAAAAUAACCUAGAAGGAGUUUCACUUGACAUUUCCGAGGAGGUUCUCCCUAAUUCAAUAACUGAAGUUGUCGGUGAAAAUCACCUAGAAGGAGUUUCACUUGACAUUUCCGAGGAGGUUCGUCCCAAUUCAGUUGAAGAAAGCUCAUCUGUUGGUUUCUCAUGGCGAAGGAUUGAUUCGGAUCCAGAAAUAGACCGGCCGGCGAGCCCCAGCAGCAGCGGAUAUGCAGGUGAGAGGGGAAGCAGCGGGCCUAGUAGUGUGUCUGGAAUUGAUGAGGUUGGUGAAACUGAAAUUCAUGAGAUUGGGAAUGGAAAUGGAAAUGGGAAUGGUAAUUAUGGUGAAGGAUCGGAUGCUCAAGCAGCUUCCUGGGUUCCAGGAAAGCGGCAUGUGGAUGAAGAUGAUGGUUCUGUUUCAUGGAGGAAAAGAAAGAAGCACUUUAUCAUUUUGAGUAAUUCUGGUAAACCAAUCUAUUCGAGAUAUGGGGAUGAACACAAGCUCGCUGGAUUUUCAGCAACUUUACAAGCUAUCAUUUCCUUCGUUGAGAAUGGGGGAGAUCAUAUUAAAUCAAUAAGAGCAGGAAACCACCAGGUGGUUUUUCUUGUAAAAGGUCCUAUCUACUUAGUCUGCAUAAGCUGCACAGAGGAGCCUUAUGAGUCACUCAGAGGGCAGUUAGAGCUUAUAUAUGGUCAGAUGAUUCUUAUCCUAACAAAAUCUGUAAAUAGAUGUUUUGAGAAGAAUCCUAAGUUUGAUAUGACGCCCUUGCUUGGAGGAACAGAUGCUGUCUUCUCAUCUCUUAUUCACUCUUUUGGCUGGAAUCCAUCCACUUUUCUUCAUGCUUACACAUGUCUUCCACUUCCUUAUCCAACAAGACAAGCAGCUGGUGCCAUAUUGCAAGAUGUUGCUGAUUCAGGUGUCCUAUUUGCAAUAUUGAUGUGCAAACACAAGGUGGUCAGCCUUGUAGGUGCACAAAAAGCAUCACUUCAUCCUGAUGAUAUGCUGCUGCUUUCCAAUUUUGUUAUGUCAUCAGAAUCAUUUAGGACUUCUGAGUCUUUCUCGCCAAUUUGCCUACCAAGAUAUAAUCCCAUGGCAUUUUUGUAUGCUUAUGUUUGCUAUCUCGAUGUUGAUACAUACUUAAUGUUGCUUACAACCAGUUCAGAUGCCUUCUAUCAUCUCAAAGAUUGUAGGAUUCAUAUCGAAAUGGUCCUUUUGAAGUCAAACGUUCUUAGCGAAGCUCAAAGAUCUUUAUUGGAAGGAGGCAUGCAUGUUGAGGAUUUACCUGUUGAACCAUCUCCUCGUACUGGCUCUUCCUCUCCCCGUUUAGGUCACCACAAGGUUGUGUCUGACUCACAAGAUAUAUUCAGGGAAACUCUCGUGGGUAUUGGAGGUUCUGCUGGACUUUGGCAUUUCAUGUAUCGUAGUAUAUUUCUGGACCAGUAUGUGUCUUCUGAAUUCUCUUCUCCAAUAAAUAGCUCACGGCAACAAAAAAGAUUGUAUAUAGCUUACCAAAAGCUGUAUGCUUCCAUGCAUGACAAAGAUGCUGGACCUCAUAAAACACAGUUUAGAAGAGAUGAGAAUUAUGUAUUGCUUUGCUGGGCCACCCCUGACUUUGAACUAUAUGCAACAUUCGAUCCCCUCGCAGACAAGGCAGCUGCGAUAAAGACCUGUAAUCGAGUAUGCCAAUGGGUGAAAGACGUGGAAAAUGAGAUCUUCCUGCUGGGAGCAAGCCCCUUUUCGUGGUGAUUUAUCUUUGUUUCAAUAGAGAAAUAGUAAAAAAAAACGAAAAAAAAAACUCUGCAUCUUCUUUGUAUGAAUUGAAUGCAGUGUUGUUGUUAGCUGAUUAUCUAGUCAAUUUUUAUUUUUUUUUGAUUCACACGAAUAUGGUUGGUUUCAACUUCUAAGAGUUAUCUCCCCCCAUUUUAGUUCUGCAGUUUCAACUUUCAAGUCACUUUAACUUGUCCCCCUUUUAUUUUUUUAUUUUGUUGUUGUUGUUGUUAUGAUUAUAACUGCCAGCCACCCAUUAUUGUAGCCAUGACAAUAAUAAUAAUAAUAAUGUUUUUAACUCU